AUGGAGCGGUACGCAGGUCGCGUCGCCCUGGUGACGGGCGCCAACUCCGGCAUCGGCGCCGCCACCGCACUAUCGCUGCUCAGGAGAGGGCUCAAGGUCGUCGGCCUCGACAAGAGGAUCGACAGGGUCCAGCAACUUGCUCGAGAACUGAAGGACGCUCCGGGUACGCUCUAUCCGUUGCAAUGUGACGUCACCUGCGAGGAGAAUGUUCUAUGCGCCUUCAAAUGGAUCAAAGAGAAUUUAGGAGGGGUCGAUGUUCUUAUCAACAGCGCCGGCGUUUGCAGAGAAAACCUUCCCACAACUGGACAGACAGCCGAGUGGCAGCACACACUGGACGUCAACGUCCUGGGGCUGUCCGUCUGCACGAGGGAGGCCGUCCAGAGCAUGCUGGACAGGGGAGUCGACGACGGCUUCGUCAUCCACAUAUGCAGUAUAGCUGGUCAUAUCAUGCCAUUCGAUCCAUUGUACUCGAUGUACUACGCCAGCAAGCAUGCUGUCAAGGCUCUGCUUGAAGGACUGAAGAAGGAUCUGGUUGCCAGGAAGAGCAACAUACGGUGUGGGCAGCAGGAGCCCCACUUCCAGCGGCAGGAGCCCCACUUUCAGCGGCAGGAGCCCCACGUUCAGGGGCAGGAGCCCCACGUUCAGCGGCAGGAGCCCCACGUUCAGCGGCAGGAGCCCCACGUUCAGCGGCAGGAGCCCCACGUUCAGCGGCAGGAGCCCCACGUUCAGCGGCAGGAGCCCCACGUUCAGCGCCAGGAGCCCCACGUUCAGCAGCAGGAGGCAGAGUGA